AUGGGCGGCUUUGGCCCUACAGAUCGAGCGCUAAACAUUGAACCUACAUUCGAAACAAAUCGGGCCGCUGAGGAAGUCAAGCUGGCCCCGGACGAGCUACAGACCCAGCCGUUUGGUGGGUACAGCUUUGCGAACCCGUUUCCUGACACGAAUCCGACAGUAGGAGCACAAAUUCUCGUCAAGAAUCUGUGUAAGCGCGCGCCUUUUAUUGCUGCGGCCUCCAAGCGCGCGCAGGCGGCGUCCGGCGCAAGGAACAGCCAAAUCCACCGCGUGCCCGGCCAACCCUCAGAGGGGCGCGCCCUAGAUGGCCUGAUGGACAUUGAACGGACCUUGAAACUGGGACGACAACGUGGCACGGGUUUCCGCGCGCUGCUUGCAAGUUCGAAGAGUUUUGGAUACCACUUCCUAGACGUCGAGUGGAUCAAUUUUCGCAUUCCCAAGAGCAUCGAGUCUCUUAAGAAAUUCGGAAAGGAACUUGGGUCUGAGGUAUGUGAUCAGAACCUCCGAAUGGUGUCUGAAAUCGUCCUGCGACCAGGUUGCCGAGGUGGAAUCAAAGUCAUCGAGGUGGAGAUUGAUGCCAUUCCUUGGAUCAUCAUUGAGAUCAGAAUGAACCUGGCCGAAGUGCGCGGCGCAGCCCCCAGAGAAUUAGACCCAAUGCCCACGACAGAGCUGCGCAUCGCCGCACCGCGAGACAAAGUGUCGACAAUGCCCAUUCCCGAGGUAGGUCAGGCUGCCAGGGAAAAGAGCCUUCGACUGAAAUUCUGCCGAGAUGGUGUACCACUGUUCCUCAUAUCGCGACAGGCGCCGCUCCCAGCACAGUCGAACACGAAGGACGACUUCUUUCAUGCGGCCAAUAUCCCCGGACUGCGCGAGGAAGAGGGGAACAAGGCAACAGAGCUUUUCUGGAAACGUUUCGAUGAUUCAGCGGCAUCGGACAGGAAAAUUUGGGCGCAAGUGCAGCACUACAUGGCGAUGGGAUACUGCGUUGUCGAUAUGGAAAUUGAAGCCCCUUGGGCAAUGGUGGCGGGAACGAAGACGAAGAUGUUGCCGCCACCCCCGGCUUUAUGCUCAGACUACAAAAAAAGGCCAGGUCGACCCAAGAAGACAUGA